AUGUCAACCCCGGCCAACCUUGACCCCAAAGAUAUUCAAGCCCACCUGGCCACAUACCAGGGCGACAAGUACGUCGACGGCUGGGCCUCCCUCUGGGACAAAGGUGACAAUCUACCCUGGGACCGAGGCUUCCCCAAUCCCGCCCUGGAAGAUGCCCUAGUCCAGCGCGCCGGCACCAUUGGCGGACCACUCGCCCAAGACGCCCAGGGCCAGUCGUAUAGGCGGAAGGCCCUAGUGCCGGGCUGCGGCCGUGGGGUGGAUGUCCUCUUGCUGGCGAGCUUUGGAUAUGAUGCCUAUGGCCUGGAGUACAGUGCCACGGCGGUCGAGUUGUGUAAGAAGGAGGAGACGGAGAAUCAUAGCUGGUAUCGCGUGCGGGACGAGAAGAUUGGAAAGGGGAAGGUUACUUUCCUCCAGGGGGAUUUCUUUGAUGAUGCCUGGCUGGAGACCAUUGGGGUGCCGAGAAAUGGAUUUGAUGUUAUCUAUGAUUACACGUUCUUCUGUGCUCUGAACCCAGAGCUCCGUCCUAAAUGGGCACUCCGACACACAGAGCUCCUAGCUCCCUCGCCAGCAGGAAAUCUGAUCUGUCUGGAAUUCCCCCGUCACAAGGACCCUCUGGCCCCUGGCCCUCCAUACCCCUCCCCCUCCGAGGCAUAUAUGGAGCACCUGAGCCACCCUGGUGAAAAGGUCUCUUACAACGAUAAAGGUCUCGUCAACUCGGAUCCGUUGCGGGAACCCAGCAAGGCGGGCCUGGAGAGGGUCGCACACUGGCAGCCCGAGCGCACGCACACAGUGGGCCAGGGCGAGAACGGGGUGAUCCAUGACAGAGUCUCUAUUUGGCGUCGACGAGACUAG